CCACGCUCCAGACCCAGAGCAUCCCGGCGACUGGGCUGGUGCAAAUUGCCACCCACGUGUGCCACCGCCCACGGGGCUGCCUCGUGACGUCAGGGCUGAGCGAGGGGGCGCCGCCUCCUAGGUGCCCGCCCCUCCCGGCCCUGCAACCGGACUUGCCCUUUAAAAGAGCGGGGGCCUGCGCCACACCGCGGGCACCACCGACACAGGACUGCUUUCUGGAGCAUCUUCAUCUCUUCUUCGGUCCGCACCUCGCUCCGCUGGACCAGCUGCCCAUCUUCUCCGCGCAGAUUCGGGCGAGCCCGGCCAUGCAGCCGGCGGUGCUUCUUGGCCUCCUGGGAGCCACGAUGGUGGCCGCUGUCAGUUCUAUGCCAGUGGACAGCAGGAACCACAAUGAAGAAAUGGUGACUCGCUGCAUCAUCGAGGUUCUCUCAAAUGCCUUGUCGAAGUCCAAUGCUCCACCCAUCACCCCUGAGUGCCGACAAGCCCUGAAGAAGAGUGGAAAAGAGGUUAAAGAUGAAGAGGAAAGUGAAAACGAAAAAACAAGGUUCAAAGUUAGAUUGUUAAGAGACCAAGCUGACGCCUCAGAAGCCCAUGGGCCCUCCAGCAGGGAGGACACAGGAGACCCAGAGGAGGCGGGCAUCCAAGGCCCGUCAGUGGCCAACACAGAGGGAGGUGGGCACAGCCGAGAGGGAGCAGGCGAGCCCCAAGGGAGCCUCCAUCCCUCUGAGAGUCAAGUCUCCAAAGAAGCAAAGACAUACCAUUCUGAGAAGAGCGAGGGAGAGGACGGUGAGGAAGAGGAAGGAGAGAAAUACCCGAAAAGGGAGCAUGGGGAAGGUGGCAGUGAAGAGAAACACCUGGAAGAGCCAGGCGAGACACAAAAUGCCUUUCUUGACAAAAGAAACCAGGCUGCAGCUAAGAAAAAAGAGGAGAUAAUGUCCAGAUACAAUACACACUCUGCCAGGCUCCCCGAGGAGAAGACACACAGCAGGGAGAGGAGUAGCCAAGAGAGUAGAGAAGAGACAAGGAACCCGGAGAAACACUCCCCCGAAUCUAAAAGCCAAUCUGGGAGCCAGGAAGACUUUGAGGAAAGUGAGGAAGACUCCAGCCAUGAGAUGGACAAACGACACUGGAGGCCGAGACAUCACCACGGGCGGAGCAGGCCUGACAGAUCCUCUCAAGAAAGGAAUCUUCCCUCAGAGGAAAGGAGACAACCCUAUGAGGAAUCCGAAGAGCCCAACGUGGGCAUGGCCAGCUUAGGGGACAAGAGGGAUCGUUAUCCAACACCCUACAGGGCUUCCGAGGAAGAACCGGAAUAUGGGGAAGUCGUGAGAAGUUAUAUAGGGGUCCCGGCUCCUGAGAACCUGGAGGGGGGGCGUUAUGGGGCCAGAGGAAAUGAGAAGUACGGGGCUCCAAGGCCUCCCAGUGAGGCGAGCCAGGAAGAGGACAGGCGAACUCCCCCCAACGCAGAGCUUGACAACAUGGCAUAUGGAUAUGGUGAGGAAAGUGAGGAGGAGAGGGGCCCUGAGUGGGGAUAUCGCCACAGAGCCAGGGUCGGGGAGCCUGGGGCCUAUGGCAGUCCAGACAAAGAAGAGAAACGAUUUUUGGGUGAAGGACACUACCGUGUCCAAGAAAACCAGAUGGACAAGACAAGGAGGCACCCGCAGGGCGAGUGGAAAGAGCAGGACAGAAAUGACCUCAACUAUGGUGAGGAAAACGGUGAGGAGGGGGCCCAGGGGAAGUGGCAGCGGCGGGAGGACCUGCAAGGCACUAAGGAGAACAGGGAGGAAGCCCGGCUUCCAGGCAAGCAGUACGCUCCCUACCGCGCCACGGAGAAGAGGAGGAGGUUAGGGGAGAAUUUUGAGAGAAAAGAUGACAUAGAUGACAAUCUUCUUGAGGGUGAAGAUGAAAAUGGCCUGACCUUGAAUGAGAAGAAUUUCUUCCCAGAAUACAGCUAUGACUGGUGGGAGAGGAAGCCCUUUGAGGAGGAUGUGAACUGGGGAUAUGAGAAGAGAAACCUGGUCCCCAAACUGGAUCUGAAAAGGCAGUACGAUCGCGUGGCCCAGCUGGACCAGCUCCUGCACUUCAGGAAGAAGUCGGCUGAAUUUCCGGAUUUCUAUGACCCCGAGGAGCCGCUGAGCCCACACCGAGCAGUGGAAGGUGAAAAGGACAGGGCUGGCCCCGGAGUUCUGACCGAGGAAGAGGAAAAGGAACUUGAAAACUUGGCUGCAAUGGAUUUGGAACUACAGAAAAUAGCUGAGAAGUUCAGUGGUAAUCGAAGGGGCUGAGGGUCGUUGGAGCCAAGGGCCAUUUUAAGAAGCAGCCUUCACAUUAUCUAUUUCCCACCACCAUUUAUUUAGCCAAAGGCAGAAAAUAGAAUUUACUAUUCAUUAAGUGCUUGAAGCAAUUGGGAAUGUCUUUAAUUUUUUGCCAGAAUGCUAUUGAAAAUAAGAAUAGCAUGACUUGUAGCAUAUUCUCUUGCAAAAUCAACAUAUUAACAUGCUUGUGACAAUGACUGUGCUACCAUCCUUGAAAAAAAUAUGUUUGUAUCCGUUUAAAAUAAUAAAAGAUUGAUCUGAAACCUAAA